AAACCGAAUCCGAACCAAUUCACACCGAGUGAGUUGCGUGGCCCUGUGGGGGCUUUCAUCUUCUUCAUUUCACCCGGCAAAAUAUCUAAAAGCACUUUCAGACACAUUUGUCCUACGAGUCCAAUGAUUUCCAUCUUCCAUGGUCCGGAAGCAAAUGAAGAAAGCGUAGAAGGACUCGCCUAGUUUCUUUGGUCGAGAGAGAUCGAGAGAGAGAGAGAGAGAGAGAGAGAGAGAGAGAGUGAGAGUGAGUAAGUGAUCAGAAAUGGCGAAGGGAGAAGAGGUUAGUAACAAGCAAGUAAUCUUCAAGGACUACAUCACAGGCUUUCCCAAAGAGACAGACAUGGUUGUGAGCACAGGAACCAUCAAGUUGAAGGUUCCUGAGGGAUCUAACGCGGUUCUUGUGAAGAAUCUCUACUUAUCUUGCGAUCCAUACAUGAGAUCCUGUAUGACCAACCUCGAUAAUUAUGUCCCUUCCUUCACUCCUGGCUCUCCUAUGAUAGGAAUGGGUGUGGCUAAAGUAGUGGAUUCUAAUCAUCCGAACUUCAAGGAAGGUGACUUGGUGUGGGGGAUGACUGGAUGGGAGGGGUACAGCCUGGCUACAAUGCCAGAUGGCCUGAAUAAAAUUGAACACACAGAUGUACCACUUUCCUACUAUAUAGGAUCACUUGGGAUGACUGGUUUAACUGCUUAUGCUGGUUUUUAUGAACUCUGCUCUCCUAAGAAAGGGGAGAAAGUUUUCAUAUCAGCAGCCUCUGGUGCUGUUGGCCAACUUGUUGGACAGUUUGCAAAGAUUACUGGUUGUUAUGUGGUUGGAAGUGCUGGUUCCAAAGAAAAGGUUGAUUUAUUGAAGAACAAGUUUGGUUUUGAUGAAGCUUUCAAUUAUAAAGAAGAGCUUGACUUGGAUGCUACUUUAAAAAGGUACUUUCCUGAAGGAAUAGACAUUUACUUUGAAAAUGUGGGUGGGAAGAUGCUUGAUGCAGUCCUCCUGAACAUGAGAUUUAAUGGUCGAAUUGCUGCGUGUGGGAUGAUCUCCCAAUACAAUCUUGAAAAGCCAGAGGGUGUUCACAAUUUGUUCUGCCUUAUCAGUAAGCAGAUUAAGAUGGAAGGGUUCUUGGUUUAUUACUAUCGUCACCUUUACCCGAAGUUCUUUGAUUUUAUUCUACCAUUGAUCAAAGAAGGGAAGAUAGCUUGUGUAGAAGAUAUCACUGAAGGCCUUGAUAAUGCACCUGGAGCUCUUAUUGGACUCUUCAGAGGCCGUAAUGUUGGAAAACAGGUGGUUUUAGUUGCUCAUGAAUGAAUCACUAUCCUCCAUCUUCAGUUCAGUGAACUCAUGCUAUCAAAGGCUAUUAAGUAUAUUAUCAAGUACAUAUGGCUUCUCCCUUGUUCUGGGCAGUGACUACAUCAUCAUCCUUGUGCUGAAUCAAAUUUGGAUACUAAACUGAAAUAAGUAUUAUCAAGUACAUGGUGUUGCAUUGGACGAAAAUGGGAUAACCCUUCCCUACCCUUGUCCCUCUGCAACUAAACUCCCCUCCCCCCCUCUCCAUUUGUGAAAGUACAUAUUAGACUUUUUAUUACACUACCAUAUCUUUUUAUGGAGGUGAAAAAGUCCAGUUAUGAAUUCUCUUUGUUAA